AGAUCUGAUACAAUCUAGAACGCGACUUCAGGCCAUUUAAAACCAAAUUAAAUCACGAAGCAAAGGCUCGCAUACCCCUUUCCCGUCUCUGCUUUAUUGCUUCUCUCCAAGUCUACCUUCAAACGAUUGGUCAGCUGGCAAAACCAACGCUUCAAACCUUCUUAGUAAAGCGUUGUUGCACGAAUAAGGGCAAGGAAAAUGGUUACUGUGGCUAAUCCCAAGCCCCGUAUCCUAGUACCUGAGAAGGUAUCCGUGGAUGGGCUAGCCCUUCUCUCUGAAGACUAUGAGGUCGACUCGCGUCCGCAGGGCUUGUCCCCGGAGGAAUUGCUCACACUAAUCCCCCAAAUCGACGCUCUUAUCGUGCGUUCUGAGACGAAAGUGACGGCUGAGGUGCUCAGCGCAGCGGGAUCUCGUUUGCGCGUCGUGGCCCGGGCAGGUGUUGGCGUCGACAAUAUCAAUGUAGAGGCCGCAACGGCUGGAGGCAUCAUUGUCGUAAAUUCGCCAGCCGGUAACAUCGUCGCUGCAGCGGAACACACAGUCGCUUUACUGUUAGCUACGGCGAGGAACGUCGGGCGUGCAGAUCGUACGACGAAAGAAGGACGGUGGGAGAGAGGCAAGCUUGUUGGUGUCGAGGUCGGCCGUAAAACUCUGGGAAUUGUGGGAUUGGGAAAGGUUGGAAUGAAGGUUGCAAGGAUGUGCAUCGGAUUGGGUAUGAAGGUCAUCGCAUUUGACCCAUAUGCCAACCCAGACCUCGCACGACAAACCGGUGUCGAGCGCCUGGUUCCGCGGUUGCAGGAUAUGCUUCCAGAAGUCGACUUCAUGACAAUCCACACGCCACUCUUAGCAUCAACACUGGACCUAAUUGGAGAGGCCGAAUUCAAGCUUAUGAAACCGACCGCGCGCGUGCUGAAUGUUGCUCGCGGCGGUGUGUACAAUGAGGCGGCGUUACUAGACGCACUAAACAAAGGCACGAUCGCGGGCGCUGGACUAGAUGUCUUCACAAAAGAGCCGCCGGAUGAGAAUACGCCUGCUUGGGAGUUGCUCCGUCACGAGAAAGUCGUUGCGACGCCACAUCUUGGAGCUAGUACAGUGGAAGCCCAAGAGAACGUCGCCGUUGACGUAUGUACGCAAGUUGCGGCAGUGCUGCGGGGGGAACUGCCUACGUCGGCUGUCAAUGCACCUCUUAUCCUCCCUGAAGAAUACCGAGCUCUAAAACCCUAUGCAAAACUGAUCGAGCGCAUGGGGGGACUAUAUACGCAGCACUUCGUUUCUCCUCUCUCAAGGAGUGUGGGAGUCGGGGCCGGGCAUUUUGAGCUAGUCUAUCACGGUGACCUAGCUGGUGUGUCGAACUCACGCCCCUUGCUCGCAGCUCUCAUCAGGGGCUUGGUAUCGCCAUUCUCAGACACUGCGGGCAGACACGUGAACAUUGUUAAUGCCAUGGCCGUGGCUCGCGAGAAGGGGAUUAUCAUUCGUGAGAUACACGCGCACAGCGGAGCAGGAGGUGGCAAGGAGAACUCAGUAUAUGCGAGUUCUGUAACCCUGAGGGCUGUCGCUACUGAAGACGAGAAGCUAAAUCACGAGAAGACUGAAAAUAUCAACAUCGGAAGACAGGUGAUCGAGGGAUACGUUUCCGCAAAUAACGUAUAUAUCUCCCGACUCGGUCGCUUCAGCGCCAACUUUAUACCUGAAGGGACAUUGCUGAUUCUACAUAAUUUCGACGAGCCUGGGAAGAUUGGCGGCGUGGGCUCUGUGCUUGGGCGUCAUGGCAUCAACAUUCGGUUCAUGCAAGUUGCAAGUCUAGACUUGGAACGGUCGAAAGCUGGGCAGGAUGGGACUAAAGACCUAGAGAGGAAACAGCCUGAUCUUAAUGCCCCCAAUGGCAACGAUGACUCCCAACAAGCCCAAGCCUCUGUCUCGGAAGGGGGUUCAAAGAAAAAGGGGGAUGAAGCGCUCAUGAUUUUAGGUGUAGGUGGGGACGUCACAAAACAAGUGAUGGAGGACCUGCGUACGGCCGAAGGUAUCUUAAAUGUGAGUUUGGUCCAGCUGUGAUUGCUGGGAGGUCUGAAAAGGGUACCUUCACGUUUGCUAGACUAGCACUUUUCGAAGUAAUCUCUAGUUAGAAUCUUACAAAAUAUUUCAUGUCCCUAGAUUACAUAUAUUACGCCUGAAUUAUGAUUUGUGGAAGGCUUGAAUACCUGAUCUAGUAACUGCCUGUGCACCACGCAGACGCCCUACUAUGAUUUAUUAGUAUCGAACAGA